GUUCCGCAGUGACUCCCUCAUUGACUGCUGCUGCUGCUGCUGCUCUGCCUCACUCACUCACUGACCGAGCAGGAGAGUGAACACAGCCGACCACAGGAAGGAUUUACAAAGUUUACCGUCAUUAUAUCCACUACUGUUUCUUCCAUCAGUCGAUACUCGUGUUAUUUAUCUUCACCAUGAAGGAAAGAAGACUCACACAGCCUUUUGUAGCGCGGUGCAAACUAGUGCUGGUCGGGGACGUCCAAUGCGGUAAAACAGCGAUGUUACAAGUGUUGGCCAAGGACUGCUAUCCAGAGACUUAUGUCCCUACUGUGUUUGAGAACUACACAGCCUGUCUGGAGCUUGAGGACCAGCGUGUUGAGCUCAGCCUUUGGGACACAUCAGGUUCUCCAUACUACGACAACGUCAGGCCUCUCUGCUACAGCGACUCAGACGCAGUGCUCUUAUGCUUUGACAUCAGCCGACCAGACACAGUAGACAGUGCACUGAAGAAGUGGAAAGCAGAGAUCCAGGACUUCUGUCCCAGCACACGGAUCCUGCUAAUAGGCUGCAAGACAGACCUGCGCACAGAUGUGUGCACACGAAUGGAGCUGUCCAAUCAGAAACAGACUCCCAUCUCCCAUGAACAGGGUUCUUCCUUGGCCAAGCAGCUCGGAGCUGAGGCUUACCUGGAGUGCUCCGCCUUCACGUCAGAGAAGAGCAUCCACAGUGUUUUCCGGGCUGCAGCUCUGGCCUGCAUGAACAAACUCCAGCCUGCCAAUAAACCCAGCCCGGUCCGCCGCCUCUCCAAGAGACUCCUACACCUGCCAAGCAAGACAGAUCUCCUCUCCUCCACCUUCAGCAAGGACAAGUCCAAGAGCUGCAUCAUCAUGUGAAUACUGUUACUGGGAAUAAGAGAUAGCAAGGACAAGCAGACUACAGGUGGUCAGCGGGGGUGCAGGGUGCGCAAGGGAAAGAGAGCUAUGAUGUGGAUUUCUACAAAGCCUCUCUCUCCUUUGCAGCAUCCUCCCCAAACUCCCCGUCAACCACUUCAAAAAGACUGCUACACCACUCUAUAUCCAACUCUGACACUGAACUUUUGAUCUUGACAUGUCACCAGCGCACAGUGCAGAGACAAGAGUGACAAUGAUGUUUAAUAUAUUCCUUGAAUAAUUAACUUGCAUUUUAUAUGUAGAACAAUCCUGCACACGUGUACAAACAGAGCAUAGCAGGCACUUUAAGACUCCUCACGUAGAGGUUGCUGUGAGAGAGUCUGCUUAAAUAAGGUCAGUGCCUCCUCUUUUCCAUUGGGAAAGUGGUUGUAAACACUGCGUUUGACUGCAUUACUCUGAUGAGACCCAUUUGAAAUUCUGAUAGCGUCGCCCUUUCCCAUCCAUCUCUUUAUCCGAAUGUCUCUUAAGGUCACAAUACGGGCUACGUGACGAGAUGAAAUGUACAAUGUGACAGUGACAGGAAGUGGUAUCUACAGAAAUGUGGCUUGGGGAAUUUAAAACAGCAAAACAGUGGUCCUUGAAGAAAUUAUUACCCCACCCACCA